GCGGCUGGCGGAGGCGCGGGGGCGGCGCUCCCGCCGGCAGCCGGGACUUCCUGUGACGGCCCGUGUCGUGGUCGGAUGGGGCCGGCGGGGGGCGGCGGCGGCGGGGUCGGUCCCUGCCCGCGUCCCGCUCCCUGACGGGCUCGGUGGCCGCCGGUGACGCCGCCAGGCAGCGAUGCGGGCCCCGGGCCCUGCCGGCAGCCGGCCCCCGCCGUGAGCCAGCCGGUGGGGCUGCGCACGCCGGCCCCGCGGGGCGCAUGGAGGCUCCCGCCGCCCGCUGCGAGGUGUGAGUCCCCCGAGGACAGCGCGGCGCGGCCCCGCCAGGAGAGCGGCCCCGGGGCCCCUCAGCAGAGCCGGGAGGGGCUCGGCACUGACACCGGCAUCGCCCCCAGCGCCGCCGCCUCUGAGACAUGAAGAAGUUCUUCGACUCGCGCCGGGAGCAGGGCGGCUCCGGGCCCGGGUCGGGCACCAGCGGCGGCGGCGGCGGCAGCAGCGGCCCGGGCAGCGGCUACAUCGGCCGGGUCUUCAGCAUCGGCCGGCACCAGGUCACGGUGGACGAGGUGCUGGCGGAAGGUGGCUUUGCAAUAGUGUUUCUGGUGAGGACGAGCAAUGGGGUGAAGUGUGCCCUGAAGAGGAUGUACGUCAAUAAUGAGUACGACCUGCAGGUCUGCAAGAGGGAGAUCCAGAUCAUGCGGGACCUGUCUGGCCACAAGAACAUCGUGGGCUACAUCGACUCCAGCAUAAACUCCGUGAGCAGCGGGGACGUGUGGGAGGUGCUGAUCCUCAUGGACUUCUGUCGGGGGGGGCAGGUGGUGAACCUGAUGAACCAGCGCCUGCAGACGGGCUUCACCGAGAGCGAGGUCCUGCAGAUCUUCUGCGACACCUGCGAGGCCGUGGCCAGGCUGCACCAGUGCAAAACACCCAUCAUCCACAGGGACCUGAAGGUUGAAAACAUCCUGCUGCACGACCGUGGCCACUACGUGCUGUGUGACUUUGGGAGUGCCACUAACAAAUUCCAGAACCCCCAGACAGAGGGGGUGAACGCCGUCGAGGAGGAGAUCAAAAAGUACACUACGUUAUCCUACAGAGCACCAGAGAUGGUCAACCUGUACAGUGGCAAACUCAUCACCACGAAAGCAGACAUCUGGGCCCUUGGCUGUCUGCUCUACAAGCUGUGCUACUUCACCCUGCCCUUUGGGGAGAGCCAGGUGGCCAUUUGUGAUGGCAACUUCACCAUUCCAGACAACUCGCGGCACUCGCAGGACAUGCACUGCCUCAUCCGGUACAUGCUCGAGCCAGACCCUGAUAAGAGACCUGACAUUUAUCAGGUCUCCUACUUUGCAUUCAAACUGGCAAAGAAGGAGUGCCCAGUCCAGAACGUCCAGAACUCUCCAAUCCCUGCUAAACUCCCAGACCCGGUUAAAGCAAGUGAAGCUGCUGCGAAGAAGAGUCAACCCAAGGCCAGGCUCACAGAUCCCAUCCCCACCACAGAAACGUCCAUCGCCCCCCGGCAGAGACCGAAGGCAGGGCAGACCCAGCCCAACCCCGGGAUCCUGCCCAUCCAGCCCGCCCUGACGCCCAGGAAGAGACCCACGGCCCAGGCAGCCGUGCAGCCCCAAGUUGCAGGCCCGGCUGCCCUGGGCAGUGCCCAGCCUUCGCUCCCUGCCAGCACCCCCCAGCCCAAAGCAGCCCCCCAGCAGCCCCCAGCCCAGCCCCAGGCCAAGGCAGCGCCCGCCCCGGCGCCAGCCCCGCAGGCACAGCCCCAGGUCCCCUCCACACAGCCCCAGGCCACCCCUCAGCAUCAGCAGCAGCUUUUCCUGAAGCAGCAGCUCCUGCAGCAGCAGCAGCAGCAGCAGCAACAAGCUGCCUACUACCAGCAGCAGCAGCAGCAGAUGAUGCAGGCGCAGCAGGUGGGCACACAGCAGGCACCCCAACAGCCGGUUGUUUCCCAGUUCCCAGUGAUGCAGCAAGGAGCACCUGCACAGCAGCAGCUCAUGCAGAACUACUACCAGCAGCAGCAGCAGCAGCAGCAGCUGAUGGCCCAGCAGGCAGCCAUGCAGCAGAAGACAGUGGCAGCAGCUCAGCAGAAACAACAAACCCCAGCACCCACCCAGCCCCAGGCCCAGCCCAGCACGGCACAGCCGGCACAGCCACAGGAGCAGGCUCAGGCCCAGAUGAGGCAGCAGCAGCAGCAGCAGCAGGCUCAGAGCACCCCCCCUGCAGCGGCCCAGGGGCAGAAGUUGGGCUCCCUGACCCCUCCAUCGUCGCCCAAGGCGCAGCGCGCGGGGCAUCGCCGCAUCCUCAGCGACGUCACCCACAGCGCCGUCUUCGGCGUCCCGGCCAGCAAGUCCACCCAGCUCCUGCAGGCAGCGGCUGCCGAGGCCAGUCUCAACAAAUCCAAAUCUGCUUCCACCACGCCCUCGGGCUCCCCACGGACCUCUCAGCAGAACGUCUACAACCCGCCUGACGUGUCCACGUGGAACCCCUUUGAUGAUGAUAACUUCUCCAAGCUCACAGCUGAGGAGCUGCUGAACAAGGACUUUGCAAAGCUGGGUGAUGGGAAAGCUCCAGAAAAGGUGGGCAGUUCCACAGAGAACUUGAUUCCAGGUUUCCAGCCAGCUUCGUCUGCAGCCCAGGCAGAUGCUUUCGGUGGCUCUUCCUUCACCGCUGGGUCAGCUGAAAAAACGAAAGACAUUCUGAGUUUGGAGUCCAGCCCUCCUCUCCUGACUGUGCCUGAUCCUUUCAUUCCUCUCCCGUUAUCCGACACGCCAGAAAAACUGAUUGAGGGACUCAAAUCUCCUGAGCCUGCGCUUCUGCUCCCCGACCUCCUGCCUCUGGCUGACCCCUUCGGUAGCACGUCAGACGCUGUCAAUGGGAAGCCCGAGGUGGCCGUGGAGAGUCUGAUCCCGGGGCUGGAGGCCCCUCUGCCCCAGCGCCUCGUGUCCCAGAGCGAGUCCGUGGCCUCCAACAGAACAG